UUUUUAUUGCUUUACAGGUGUACUACCUUUCUUUUUGUAUUUUUCAUGUUUUAGUUGAGCAGUGACUUGCUCUAGCUUGUUUUCCUACUUGUUGAUGUGAAUGAUGCUGAAAAGACAUAGCCCGCUGAUGCCUGACUGGUGUUUGUAUGCCACCAUUGCACUGGGCAUAGGAAGCAGCCUUUCUUGGACUGUUGAAGCUGCUGUGAAUCAUGACUCACUCCAGAAUCUCAUCUUCAGAGGAUCUCAGCUUAGCAUUGCAAUCCCACCCACCAAUACUCGAAGAAGAGUGGAGAACUUUGUCUGUUCCAAGAAUGAAUAUCCUCCCCCAAUCAAAGAUCGAGUGGAAUCCUACAAAGUGGAUUUAGACAGUGAUCCCAGAGAUCGCUGGUCGCAACUUGUGAAACUGAAGAAACAGGAACUACAAACGCUUGUUGGAGAUGUGAAGGAAAUACUCGGUGGAAUGCUUCUUGCUUUGUUGGAUGAUGAGCUUCCACUCCUUGCUCACACCCUUCCAUCUCCAUAUCGGGAGGAGAUCAUUGGCAUUGCAGAUGCCACUGGGAUUCCCCUUGGUGAGGUCACACUCUAUAACAUCUUCUAUGAGGUCUUCACAUUCUGCACUUCCAUCAUUGCCAAGGACAUCUCAGGAACUAUCAUCCAUGGCCGCAACCUUGAUUUUGGCCUCUUCCUCGGAUGGGACAAGCAGAACAACACAUGGAGGGUGACAGAGCACCUUCGCCCCCUGGUUGUGGAGACAACCUUUAUCAAGGGGGGACAGGUCCUUUACAAGUCCACUGGGUUUGUAGGGCACAUUGGGAUCCUGACUGCUGUCAAACCGGGGGCAUUCUCCCUGAGUAUUGAUGAGCGGUUUGGCAUGGAUGCUGGGAUCCUGGGGAUCCUCAAGUGGAUCCUUGGGGAUCGCUCAGGGACAUGGUUGGGGUUCCUCACACGCUCUGUCAUGGAAGAGGAGACAACGUAUGAGGCUGCCCUCAGGAGACUCUCUGACACCAGACUCCUUGCCCCAGUAUACUUCAUCCUUGCUGGUCCCAGCACAGGGGCAGUGGUGACACGAUGGAAGAAGAAGUAUGACGUGUGGGAGCUGGACGAUAAGGCUGCUGCUCCUUGGUACCUGGUGGAGACCAAUUAUGAUCACUGGGACAAGCCACCAUUCUUUGACAACCGUCGUGAUCCAGCCAUUGCCUGCCUGGAGCGAGCUGGUCAACAUGCACUCAAUCGUUCUCUCCUUUAUGAUGUCUUGUCCACCCGACCCAUCCUCAACAAGCUGACGACAUAUACGUCAUUGAUGGAGCCAAGCAGCGGGGCAUUGGAAUCCUGGCUCCGCUGGUGUCCUGACCCAUGUCCCACCUGGUGACACCCUCUGAUUAAUUCAACAGGACUCAAUCUCAACUAAGCUCUCCUCAUUUAUCUGAAAUUCUGUGAUCUGGCUUCAUUCUUUGAAUAUUAUCUUAGAUCUCAUCUCAGUGACUCCCAUCCAUUUUGAAUUCCUAUUUCUAGAAGCCUCUCUUGCUCCUAUUUUUCAGCUUAAGAACAGUCUGGACUAUUUCUUGGAUGUCUAGCAUACAAUGGUGGGUCUUGACCACAUGAAAUCUUUUUCCAUGUAAUUCCUGUAAAAUAGGCCUUUCAAAAUAUAUCAUGAGGUCUCUUGAGACCUCAGGUCAAACAGUGCAGAUUGAAGCUUUCUUAGAUUUUCUGGGAGAUACAUAUGUUUUUAUUGAAUAAAAUAGGGGAAAU